GGUCGUUUGGAAAAUUGGAAAAACGGGAAGAAAAUCGAAUUUUUGGAAAAAAAAUGCGGAAAAAUUCACAUCUACUGGUGCUAUUUCUAUUAGCAAUUGGGACCUUUCAGUUAGCAAAUGCCGACGAAGAGAACGAAGUUGAUGCCUCAGGGGAUUCCCCGCCAUCAGUUGAAGGAGAGGUAGUAGAAGAAGCCAAGAGCACUGCAGCAGACGAUGAAAAUGUUGACAAAUCCUGCAAAGAUCGCCACGACCUCUGUAAAUUCUGGUCCUCGAUCGGCGAAUGCACAUCCAACAAGAAUUGGAUGGAAGAUCAUUGCCCCGUGUCCUGCGAUUUCUGCAACGGGAUCACCACCUGUAUCGACCGGCACAGGCUCUGCGGCUUCUGGGCAACCAUCCGUGAAUGUGAAACGAAUGCGGUUUGGAUGCUCUCGAACUGUCCGAAAGCGUGUAAAGCUUGCAAGGGAAGAAGUGUGACGCUUGGAGGUACUGGACCAGGUGGAACUUUUAAGGAGGACGAUUGUACUUUUAUCACGACGAAUGAGGAUACUUCCAUCAGAAAGACCCUCUCCAUCCGCGACGUCCGUGACUCCAACGCCAACUUCAACUGUGCUCCAACUCAAGAGACCCCGAACUGCAACCGCAAUCUCUGCUACCACUUGCGGUACCGAUCUUUCGAUGGAACCUGUAACAACCUGAAGAAACCAAUGAUUGGCUCAGCUUUCACCGCAUUGAUGAGACUGAAGAACCCAAUGUACGACAAUGGAUUGAAUGCUCCAACUUCAUCCUUCCUUCGUAGCAGACCAUCAGCUCGUGACGCCUCGCGGCUUCUUCUUUCAUCUUCCACACAGAUCCAACACCACUCGAACGCUUUAUUGAUGCAAUGGGGACAGUUCAUCGCUCACGACUUGUCCAAGACCACCAUGCUUAACAAUCAGGAGUGCGCCGCGUGCACAUCCAAUAAGGGACGGUGUACUUCAGUGUUCCUCUCCAGAUCUGAUCCAACCUUUGGACGCUUCAUGUGCCUGCCAGUUGCCCGAUCUACUCCAGUUUGCGGUACCGGGGUGUCUAACUUCAGAGAACAGUUCAAUGAGAACACCGCUUUUAUCGAUGGAUCUAUGAUCUACGGAAGCAGCGACCGCGACCAAUUCCUGUUCCGCCAGGGAGCCUUCCUCAAGACCAAGCUCAUCAAUAACCGAGUCUUCCCACCAGUUGACAAAAACAAUAAUGUGGUCGCCGGAGACGAUCGUGCCAAUAUUUUCGUCGGUCUCGCUUCACUGCACGUGCUCUAUCUCAGACAACACAAUAGAAUCGCUGCCACGUUGCAACGCGUAAAUCCACACUGGGACCAGGAAAGAGUGUUCCACGAGUCCAGGAAGAUCGUCGGGGCCAUGAUUCAGAGGAUCACAUUUACGGAAUACCUCCCCAAAGUGCUUGGAGUAGCAUUCGAAGAACGCAUCGGCGCCUACCCAGGCUAUGACCCCAACAUCGACCCAUCUGUGGCCAACGAGUUCACAUCGUGCGCGUUCCGUUUUGGACACGGAAUGAUCCAAGAGUUCUACCCAUUCCUCAACGAGAAAUUCCAGCACGUCGGCGGAAUUCCGUUCAACGACGGAAUGUUCAAGUCCACACACAUUUUGAAUAACGGAAUCGACCCGCUGAUUCGUGGAUUGAUGACGCUUCCGGCCAAGAUGCCACAGCGAUUGACACCGGCUGUCACUGAGAGAAUCUUCGGAAACUCUGAUCUUGGAUCAAUCAAUAUUCAGAGAGGAAGAGAUCACGGAGUUCCACCAUACACCGUCUGGCGGAAGUUCUGCGGUCUCCCAGAGGUUAAGGAUUUUGAGGGCUUGAAGCAAGUGAUCAGCAAUCAAGUUGUCAUUGACAAUCUUAAAGUUGUCUACAAACACGUUGAUGCCAUCGAUAUGUACGUUGGAAGUUUGCUGGAGGAUCCUGUGAAGGACGCCUUGGUCGGACCAACACUGUCUUGCAUCAUUGGAGAGCAGUUCAAGAGAACGAGAAAUGGAGAUCGAUUGUGGUACGAGAACUCCAAAGUGUUCAGCCCAGAGCAGCUGCUUCAAAUCAAAAAGAUCACAAUGUCCCGAGUGCUUUGCGAUGCUGGAGAGCACUUCCCAAUGGUGCCGCGCAAGGCUUUCUCUGUGUUCAAGCCGACAGCGCAUAAUCUUGUCAAAUGCGACGAGAUCCCAGACCUGGACUACAAUGCCUGGAAAGAGGAGCUAGCCGUCUAGCAUCUUUCCCCACCACAUUUUCAAUUCAACUCUUCUCAUCUGCCUCACUUUUCCAAUUCCCCCCAAAAGAUUUCAUUUCCAGGUCACGCAAAAUUUUGCUCCGUUCAAAACCUAUUUUCUAGCGAAAAUUUCCGUCUAGAAAAGUCGAUUCUAGUCAUUUGUUUAGCCCCGCCAGCCUCCCCCAAUUCGAAACAAAAAAUCGAUAAUUCGAUACAGGUCUAAUAUUUUUCGGUGAUUAUAUGUACGUUAGAAACCUAUUUUCUGUAUAUUUGAAAUAAAUUUUAUUACUAAAA